AUGAACCUGCGUAGAGCUCAUAGAGAGCGCAUGGCAAGGGGCAUCGAUCCCGUGGACGCUGGCGUCCGCUGCGGAUGUCCUGCACGUGAGGCACCGGCAACGCGUUCCGUGCUGAAGCGCCAGCACAAACGUCCGUUGACGCUGAGCUGUAUCAUGUUCUCGGGACGGAGAGAGCGUGACCCAGCAGAACCCAGAGAUCAGCUUCAAGGAGAUAGCUAUUAUACAGAAGCCGGUAGCACGGAGCAGAACCCGCUUGUCGACCUGGACCUUGUGCGCAGUCGCCGUUUGGCGCGGUUUACCACCAAGUCGACGGCAGCGGACUCGUCGGGUGCUGUCGCUGAAACUUCUGCAACUGCUGGGCAGCACUCGAGCCGACCGGCUUGUGAGCGACCAGAGAAUAAAACUGGGACUGAAGAGCGAGUCUUGCAUCGGGCGGAAAGUGAAAAAGCACCGAGUGUGGAAGCGUGCCCGGCACCACAACGAAAAGCAGCCCCGGCUGUUUCUGAAAAGGAACUCGUGCACCAGAGCCUCUUGCGCAUUUUGAAUCUCUCGAGUGCGGAACUAGAAGAAAUCUGGGCGAGAGCUGGUGUCGCUGCGUCGCAAGCGCCGACGCACCUAACCGUUGCUGAACUCGAUACGGUGCUGGCGGAACGACUCCAGGAUCCUCGCAUCGUAGAUGCGCUCUCCUACUUGAUACUUUGCUACCAACGACUCCGUCAGGAGCUGGCCUCAAUCCAAGCGGCUCGUUCACAGGUGUUGCGUGAGAGCCUGGGCAAUGCGCUACCGCUUGUUGUGACCUAUGCGCGAACAUGUCUCUGGGAGCCGCACCUCUUCGUCUCAGGUCGUCGUUGGCCAGCGGAGAGCGCUCCACACGAGGCUGCCGCAUUAUGGCUCGUGGAGCAGUUUCAAAAACAGCAGAUACCAGCAGAGGGCGAUGCAGCAAUCCUGCCACCAGCCAUGUACGCGGACCUGGUGCACUGGUGGGCUCGCGACGCACCCGACGAACUCGAGCAACUGUUUCCAGUAUUCUUUCGUGGCCUGGUGGAAAGCGCUCGUGCGGAACUGGAUCAGAUUUUUCUGCAGAGGUCACAGCUGUCAUGUUUACGAGCUUUGGGAAGCGCGCUAGAGCCGCAUGAGGCCUUGAACGCAUUCGUGUCGAUGGCGGAUUUCGUUGCAGUGGAUACCCGAAACAACGUCCGGUCGCUUCUUGGGCCAUUCCUGACACCAACAGCUCUACACUAUGAGGACGAUCGCGUUUCAAGGGCGCUCUUGCCGAACAACGUAUCAACCGAAAGCGAGACCGCUGAGCGGGACGCGAUCUCGGCUGUGCAGUGGUCUCUGGACACGCUACGCGACGGCUUGUACCGGCUCUUGAUGCGACUUUUGCGCGCUGGACCGUAUCCUCGUGAGCGAGUUCUCACCUGGCUGGCGAACCAGCUUAACCAGAAUCGGGAAAGGAUGAAACUGCAGGCCGCAACCGCAGAAACAUGCACGGACGGGUACAUGCUGAACCUUACGGAUGUCCUGCUGCGCCUUGCAGCGCCUUUUGCUGACCCGCGCUCCCCCAAACUGCAGUCCAUUCCAAUCAAAUGUCUAUACGAUCAUCAUCGAAUCCGCUUGGCGGAGCAGGAGACGCGCGUCGGAUGCGAUUAUGCGGAAGCGCAGCGUCUACAAGCCGACUAUUUGCAGCAGCAGCAGCAGCAGCAGGCCGGGAAUCCCUACGCAUUCAUUCCCGAAUGUUUUUUCCUGACGACGCGUGCACUUCAGCUCACAUAUCUGCCAUUUUUGCAGUAUUAUCGAGAGGAAAUCUUGCAUCAACUGCAGCGGCUUGAAGAGAUGCGCGAGGAACUGAAUCUCGCGCAACAGCAACAGCAGCAGCAACCGGUAUCUUCGAUGCAGCAACUGGAACAACAGCUGAUGCGAAGCCAGUGUGAGCGAGCCAUCGCCGGUCUCCGACGUGAUCGCCAAUCCUGCCUCUUCUAUUUGUUCGAUAGCGGCUCACUGGAUCGUCUUUUGCAAUUUUUAGCUGCGCUGGCGGCAUACAUCAUGCAAAUAGCAGGUUUUGCCGGACGCUUACCGCUGCCUGCUCAGGAUGCGGCUUCUGUACCCCGGGAGUACGCCUUGUUACCCGAGUCAAUUUUUGAGCUGCUGGCUGAGGUGCUCCAAUCGAUCGUACAGCUGCGCUUGCCCGUGCCGCUGACCACGGUGGGCGCCCUCUUUCCCCAGUUUGUAGAGUUCGCUACCAUGCUGCUUUCGAAUACGUUCUACUUGCGGAACAUACAUAUCCGCGCACGCUACGCUGAAUGGCUCGCACAAAUGUUCCCGGCGAUAGGGAACGAGCUGCGCCAUGCGCUCGGAGCAGUGCAUCUACCGCCCGAAUUCGAGGCCGCUUUUCUCGGCAAUGAACAGGUCGUUGAGAAUCUGCCACCAGCUCUGAUGCAGCUCUAUAUCGAUGUGGAGCGUACUGGAACGCAUACACAGUUCUUCGACAAGUUCUCGAUGCGAUUCUACAUGAGUGAGGUACUGGUGGCCAUGUGGCGGGUCCCGGCGUAUGCGCGUGUGCUCCGACGCCUCGCCUCGACGCGAGAGGGACUUUUCGUACAUUUCAGCAAUAUGCUCUUUAAUGAUGCCAAUUUCUUGCUUGAUGAGUCGUUGCAAGCCCUGGCAGAAAUCCACGAACUCGAGCGGCUUCUAGAGCCGAAUUCGAUACAGGGUCAGGCUCUGGAGCCGCAGGCUCGCGAAGAGAAACGCAAGCGCCUGCUUCAGUUGCAGCGUCAGGCCAAGUCGUUCAACCAGCUUGCCAACAGCAGUAUUCGCUUGAUGGUGACGCUAACCGAGGAGGUGCGGCAGCCGUUUUUGCGACCGGAACUGCUGGAUCGUCUAACGAACAUGCUGAACUAUUUCUUGGUGGCACUUUGCGGGCCGCGUUGCGAGAACCUCGUUGUUCAGGAGCGUCAUCGGUACGAAUGGGAACCGCGCCAGCUAUUAUCCCAGAUCCUGCGGAUUUAUCUGUCGAUGCACGAUCCGCUUCGGGAUCGUGACGGCACCAGACGCUUCUGUUGCUCAAUAGCAGCUGACGGGCGCUCGUAUCGACCGGAGGUUUUCGAGCGGGCGGCGCAGAUAGCUGCAACGCGGGGCCUCUUGACGCCUGCCGAGUGCCAACGAUUUCACGAACUCGUCGAGUCCGUGGCGAUCUGUGCUAAGGAGCUUGUUGCCGAGGAUGAGGAGCUCAGCGAAGCACCCGACGAAUUCCUAGAUCCGAUUCUGGCAACCCUGAUGCAGGAUCCCGUCAUGUUGCCAUCGAGUCGCAAAAUCGUGGAUCGCUCGACCAUCGUGCGACAUUUGUUGAGCGAUCCGCACGAUCCAUUCAACAGACAACCGCUGAGAAUAGAGGACGUGAUCCCGCAACCAGCGCUCAAAGAACAGAUUACGAGCUGGCUACAAGAGAGACAGGGAACGCGGCGUGUCUCGUGA